ACGUAGUACUCCGGCCCAAGAAAAAUUAGUUUUGCUGGACCGCCGCAACUGAGGUGACUUCAUCUCCAACUCACACACCCACCGGCUCAGAAGUACCGCGGCUACGGCGCCCUCCCUGCACCUACCGUCCACCGCACCGCCGCACGCCACAGAACAUUCAGACUCAGUCACUCUGCUAGGGCUUUCAAUAUUUCAGGGCGGGGCCUGGAUAUACAUACAUGCAUGCAUGUGAUCGCUGCGCUAGCUCUUCAUCAUCAUAUAUCCAUCUUGCUCUUCAAUUAUCUAUCUCAUGGAUAUAGUAAAAAGCAUCAGGGCAUAUUAUUUGAAUAUAAGGAACUGUAUUUCUCCCCCACCCCCUCCCAAACCGAAUGAGGAAAACCUCACUUUCAUGACUUGUCUGUUCAAAGUAGACACCAAUUCUCCAGGGUGGCACAAAGCAAUCAUCGCUAUCUUAAGAAGCAAUAAAGGAGGGAGAAGCUUCAAGAUGAGUCAAAGCGGAGAGAUAAUGGUGACGGGGACAGGGGAUCUGAACCUGCUCCUCAAAAUGCUGAAAAAGACUGAAAAAUCAACGGAGCUGGUUUGGGUUCAAUCCGGCCUCUGCUCGUCUAACUUGUUCCUCAUCAAUGAUAAUGGCCAGCUGGGACCACCAGGACCUUUUGGUCUACAGCCAUCCAAUCAACCUGCUCACUUUCACUCCCAGUACGACUUCAACGGAUUUUUUAGUACGAUUCCGCCACCGCAACCGCCGCAUGCUUAUCAUCUCCCACCGCCUCUCAAUACCACAUAUGGAGUGGAUCGUGAUAGAAGCGACCUUCAACAUGGUCGACGACCAUUCAGACCCAACAACCAGGGACGGUUUUAGAUGUGGAAUUUCAAAAUUUUCUAGUCCUAUGUGUAAUGUAUUUUCAUACUCCUUAAUAUUUUUUAUAAAUAUAUAUAUACGUGUUUCCCGAAUGUUUUUAGUUGUACCGUAAUUUGUUGGUAUGAUCUGAUCUGCUCUAAACUGGUCUCAU